GAUUCGUCGGUGCUACGGAUUGCGAGCUGGAUCAAGUGGAAGCUUGACCGACCUCACCUCGAGUCCUCCCUUUCUCAACUUCUUUCUCUUUUUUUCUUCCUCGUCUCCUGUCAGCACCCUGCUGCAUCGCGAAAUCCUCGCAACCCUCCACAUCCCAUCUCCACCAUCACCCAGCACCCUCAUCAUUCCGGAUUCGCAUCAAUCGUCCACGCCGGACCCUUACAUAAGCCGUUCGGUCUACACUGUGCCCGUUGCUCUCCUCGGUCUCCUGACGUCAUCGACAUGGCCGAAAACAACGCCAACGGCAUCGAAAAAGGCGCAAUCGGACAAGGGGCAGCGCCCGAGUCGCAUUCCACACUGCAAUCGGACGUGAAAGGGGCAACGAAUACCCAAGUCGAUUCUGCAGAGCUGUCGACUGCGACCGAGAUCGCUGCUGACGCUGCUGCGGCCGCGGCGCCCAGCUCCGAGCCUGCGGCGCAAGUCGACAGCACUGCGAAAGAGGAGCCAGCCAAGGAGACGGACGAAGCUGACAAAUCGGCUCCUCAGCCAGAGCAGCCGGCUGAUCCUGCGCCCGCCGAAGCCCCGCAACCCACGUCUGCCGAGACUACAGAUACCGCUGCGCCAUCCCACACAAACGGCGAGGUUCGGAGCGCGCCGCAGCCGGUUACGGUCGAAGAAGUGCGCGACCAGGACCUGCCGGCCGCCGCGUCGCCCGCGCCCGCCGACGCAGCUAGCACUGCUCCCGCGAAAGACGCGGAGAAGGAUGCGCCCAAGACCGACGGCCCCGCGGCGGGUGCCGUAGCCACUGCGGAGCCUGACAAGGCGGAAGCUGGCGCGGGAGAAAAGCGCAAGUCGAGCGACGGCGAGGCGUCGGAUGGAGACGCGGCCGAGGAGCCCCGAAAAGAAGCGCGGCCCGAGAAGAAGCGUAAGACCAACGGAGCUGUGGCUGCUGCUACUUCGGCCGCUACCAACGGCGCGGCGAAGAAGGCUGGCCGUCCUAAGAAGGACAAGAAGGCGCCGCCACCCGUGGGCAAGACGGCCAGAAAAACUCGAAGCCAAGGAGCUGCCGAUUAAGAAGGCACGCUUAGGGUGAGGGAUAGAAACGGGAAGAAAAUCUGCUUCGUCCUUUUUUUUUAUAGGCUGUUCUCAAUUUGGGACAUUUCUUUGUAGCUUGGUCAAUUACGGGUUUCUCGAUAUUUAUAACCUAACCUCUCCCCACAUCUGGGAGUAGGAGGGCCUGAGCAACAGUGUUCUUCCGGUCCUUCUUCUCUACCCUUUUCUCCUUGCU